CGCGGCCGGACCUGGAGCACGCUGCUGCUAGCUUCCUUUGCAGCCCUGUUGCACUGGAGCCACAUAACUCACCUCUUUGAAAAUGAUCGGCAUUUUUCUCACCUCUCAACGCUGGAAAGGGAGAUGGCUUUCCGCACUGAAAUGGGGCUGUAUUAUUCUUACUUCAAGACUAUAGUGGAAGCACCCUCAUUUUUCAGUGGAGUGUGGAUGAUCAUGAAUGACAGGCUUACUGAAUACCCCCUUGUUAUUAAUACAUUAAAAAGGUUCAAUCUUUAUCCUGAGGUGAUCUUAGCCAGCUGGUACCGGAUUUAUACCAAAAUAAUGGAUUUGAUUGGUAUUCAAACCAAGAUAUGCUGGACAGUUACCCGAGGAGAAGGACUCAGUCCAAUUGAAAGCUGCGAGGGAUUGGGAGAUCCUGCUUGCUUUUAUGUUGCUGUAAUUUUUAUGUUAAAUGGACUAAUGAUGGCAUUAUUCUUCAUCUAUGGCACAUACUUAAGUGGCAGCCGAUUGGGAGGCCUGGUCACGGUGCUAUGCUUCUUCUUCAAUCAUGGAGAGUGUACCCGUGUGAUGUGGACGCCUCCUCUCCGGGAAAGCUUCUCAUAUCCAUUCCUUGUACUUCAGAUGUUGCUUGUGACUCACAUCCUGAGGGCUACAAAACUUUACAGAGGGAGCUUAAUUGCACUCUGCAUUUCCAAUGUGUUCUUCAUGCUUCCUUGGCAGUUUGCCCAGUUCGUGCUUCUUACUCAGAUUUCAUCAUUAUUUGCAGUAUAUGUUGUGGGAUACAUUGAUAUAAGUAAAUUACGGAAGAUCAUUUAUAUACACAUGAUUUCUCUUGUGCUUUGUUUUGUGUUGAUGUUUGGGAACUCGAUGUUGCUCACAUCUUACUAUGCAUCCUCUUUGGUGAUUAUUUGGGGGUUGCUGGCAGUGAAACCACAGUUGCUAAAAAUGAAUGUAUCUGAACCUAGUUUAUGGGUUAUCCAAGGGUGUUGUUGGUUAUGUGGAACUGUUACACUCAAGUAUUUGACUUCUAGAAUCUUCGGCAUUGCAGAUGAUGCUCAUAUUGGGAACUUACUAACGUCAAAAUUCUUUAGUUACAAGGAUUUUGAUACCUUACUAUAUACUUGUGCAGCAGAGUUUGACUUCAUGGAAAGGGAGACUCCACUGAGAUACACAAAGACACUGCUGCUUCCUGUUGUUCUCAUCGUGUUUGCUGCAAUCGUCAGAAAGAUUAUUAGUGAUAUUUGGGGUGUCAUGGCUAAACAACAGACACAUCUAAGAAAACACCAAUUUGAUCACGGAGAGUUGGUUUACCAUGCUCUGCAGCUGUUGGCAUACACAGCCCUCGGGGUUCUGAUCAUGAGACUGAAGCUCUUCCUGACACCACACAUGUGUGUCAUGGCGUCCUUGAUCUGCUCCAGACAGCUCUUUGGGUGGCUCUUUGGCAAAGUUCACCCUGGUACUGUUGUGUUCGCUGUGCUAGCAGCGAUGUCGAUUCAAGGCUCAGCAAACCUGCAAACCCAGUGGAACAUUGUAGGGGAGUUCAGCAAUUUACCUCAAGAAGAGCUCAUAGAAUGGAUCAGAUACAGCACAAAGCCAGAUGCAGUGUUUGCAGGCGCCAUGCCCACCAUGGCAAGUGUGAAACUCUCUGCUCUCCGGCCCGUGGUGAACCACCCACACUAUGAAGAUGCAGGGCUGAGAGCCAGAACAAAAAUUGUAUAUUCGAUGUAUAGCCGAAAAGCAGCUGAAGAUGUGAAGAAGGAAUUGAUGAAAUUAAAAGUGAAUUACUACAUUCUAGAAGAGUCAUGGUGUAUAAGAAGAUCCAAGCCUGGAUGCAGCAUGCCUGAAAUCUGGGAUGUGGAGGAUCCAGCCAAUGCUGGGAAGACACCCCUGUGUAACAUCCUGGGGAAGGAUUCCAAGCCUCACUUCAACACAGUGUUCCAGAACAGCGUUUACAAAGUUCUAGAAGUUAUCAAAGAAUGACUGUGACACGCGCCAGCUACAGAGACCGCAUCAGUAAUGGCUUUACUGCUUUGCCACUAAGUCAUGUAUCGUUUUAACUCAGAUUACAAAACCUUUACAAGUCUUUUAAAGUAACUGUUUUCAAAUGGAAAACAUUUUAUUUGGUCAAUUUGUCAUUCUGAUUGUAAAAAUGACUUACACCAGAUCAAUUAGUUACUGUUUCAGUGCACCUGUUAAAAUUUGCUAUGCAAAUGAGUAUAUGCUUGUACUUCAUUUAAAUAUUUGUGUUACAGUGAACAAAGCCAUCUGUGUAGAAAUGCAUCAUUGGUCAUGACAAAGAUGAUCUGAAAGUGCAGUUCCUUCUGAACUGGGAGGGCCUGCUUUUCCGUGCAGGGCUGUCACAGCCUCGCUUCUUACUUACCUCCUGGUCUUACCUUUGGACACUUGGGUGAUUCUGUACCCUGGUCUUGUCAACCCAUCUCAGCUCUUAGUCCAGGUGUCAGUGGCCUGUGGAUCACCUGUUCCUCUCACUUCUGGGUGCUCUUUUUGUUCUGUAUGGCGCUUGAGAAUCAAGUGUUUCCUGCCCAUUGUUGCCCAGAUUCCUGGGUAUGAUGGGAGGAACGGCUCCUUUAAUUCCCAGCCAUGUGGCAUCUGCCUCUUCCCACAUGGGCUUUUGCUUUCAGAUAAAUGCUAUCUUGUCUUUAGUUGAUUAGCAAGUGCUUAUUCUUGGUUAAAAAAUUAGGAAAUGUGUAUUUUUCUCAUUUUUAGUAUUAAUCAAAUAUUAUAUUUUAAUAUCUUUAAUUCACUUAAAAUUUUUUCAUGAUUAAUUGCAGUUGUAAGAAAAGCUAUUUUGGACAACCCCAAAUAUGAUACAUCUAGAGUCUAAUAUAUAUAGAGACAUAGCUUUGGUAGACUAUAGUAUAUGGUAGUUUUUCUUUUGCUAUUAAGAUAAAACAAAACAUAACUAACUUUUCUGUCAAAAUGUAAAUGAAUAAUGAUAAAUGAAGAGUUUUUUCUAUUUUGCUUUCAAAAUUGCCUGUCUUUGAUAAGACAAAGCCUUAAGCCUUAUAAUUUUGCCUAAAAUAAAAGAUUAAGUUUGAGGAAUGCGUAUGUUCAGUCUUCCCCAUUUUUCUUUCUUUUUUUUUUUUUUUUGAAAAAUUUCCAAACAUGCUUUGAAUUUUUACACAGAUUUUGUUUCUUAGAAGUUAAUUUGUGUGAAAUGAGAUUCUUCAAAACCAUGGAUCUUCACUGUUGUAAGAAAUGGUUUUCAGGUUUUAAAUUCUAAGCAAAUUGUGACCAUGGCUGACUACACAUUUAAUUACAGUCUUCUCUUUAUUAA